GAAGGAAGCGGUAGCCGUGGGCACAGCGGUACAGUGUGUACAGUGCGCUGCGCGUGAGCGAGUGGUGAUCUCGAAGCCUGCGUCGUUUCGCCUUGUUCGUAACAACUUUUAAAACAACCGCCUCCUCCAUCCAUCCCUCCCUCCUUCCAUCCCACCGAAGAGCUACCCAGGCGCCGUGUUUACAAAGACGACCACCACAAUCAUCACCACCACCAUCACCACCAUCAUCACCCCCACCACCACCAUCACCACCAACACCACCACCAUCCCCACCACCACCAUCACCCCCACCAUCACCAUCACCACCACCAUCACCACCACCACCCCCACCAUCACCACAACCAUCAACACCAUCAUCACCAUCACCCCCAUCACCACCACCACCCCCACCAUCACCACCACCACCCCCACCACCAUCACCCCCACCACCAUCACCACCAUCACCACCCCCACCACCAACACCACCAUCACCCCCAUCACCACCCCCACCAUCACCAUCACCACCCCCAUCACCACCAUCACCCCCAUCACCAUCACCACCCCCAUCAUCACCAUCACCACCCUCACCAACAUCACCACCACUCGCCGAUUUGCUGUUCCGUUUAAACCGUCCCAAAGGCGUCGCGUGCGAUGGGGAACGGCAUGAACAAGGUGUUGGAAGGCUUGUACCUGGGCAACAUUAAAGAUUCCGCCGACUUGAAGCAGCUGCGGGAUCACAACAUCAGCCACAUCCUGUCGGUGCACGACGCGGCCAGGGAGGCUCUGGAGGAAAUGACCUACCUCUGCAUCCAAGUGUCCGACACGCCUUCGCAGAACCUGACGCAGCAUUUUAAAGAUUGCAUCCAGUUCAUCCACAAGUGCCGCUUGGAAAAGAAGGGCUGCCUUGUUCACUGCCUGGCGGGCGUGUCCCGGAGCGUCACCAUGGUGGUGGCCUACAUCAUGACGGUGACGUCGCUGGGCUGGGAGGAGGCCCUGGUGGCGGUGAAGACGGCCAGGACCUGCGCCAACCCCAACCUCGGCUUCCAGCAGCAGCUGCAGAUGUUCCAGAACGAGCAGCUCACGGAGACGCGCCAGUGGCUGCGCGCGGAGUUUGGGGAGCCGUCCCCGGACGACGAGUUGGAGGCCCGCGCUCUCCUCGCGCGGCACGAGCAGCAGCAGGAGCACCGCGACACCCGGGACGGGGCACACUGGCCGCCGAGGGGGCAGCCGUCGUACUCCCUGCACCACCUCGGCUCCUCCUCGCAGCCAGACAGCGACGGCUUCCGCUAGCGGGGCCGGUGGGGCGGGCGAGGUGGGGUGCGGAUGGGGGGGGUUUGACGCGCGUGUGUCUGUCCCUGUGGGUGUGUGUGUGGGUGGGUGGAUCUGUGUGUGGGUGGAUCUGUGUGUGGGUGUGGAUCCGUGUGUGGGUCCGUGUGGGUGGGUCUGUCUCUGCGUCCGUGUGGGUCCCUGUGGGUUCCUGUGGGCCGUGUGUGCGUCCGUGUGGGUCUGUGUGGACGUUCGUGUGGGUUCGUGUGAGUCCGUGUGGGUGGGUCCGUGUGAACGUCCGUGUGGGUCCGUGUGGGUCCGUGUGGGUGGGUCUGUGUGGGUCCGUGUGGACGUCCGUGUGGGUCCGUGUGUGCGUCCGUGUGGGUCCGUGUGGACGUUUGUGUGGGUCCGUGUGGGUCCGUAUGGGUAGGUCUGUGUGGACGUUUGUGUGGGUCCGUGUGGGUCCGUGUGGGUGGGUCUGUGUGGGUCCGUGUGGACGUCCGUGUGGGUCCGUGUGGGUGGGUCUGUGUGGGUCCGUGUGGACGUCCGUGUGGGUCCGUAUGGGUGGGUCUGUGUGGACGUUUGUGUGGGUCCGUGUGGGUGGGUAUGUAUGGACGUCCGUGUGGGUCCGUGUGGGUCCGUGUGGUGGGUCUGUCUGUGGGUUCCUGUGGGUUCCUCUGGGCCGUGUGUGGGUCUGCGUGGGUGCCUGUUGGUUCGUGUGGGUCCGUGUGGGUCCGUGUGGGUCCGUGUGGGUGGGUCUGUCUGUGGGUUCCUGUGGGUUCCUCUGGGUCGUGUGUGGGUCCGCGUGGGUGCCUGUUGGUUCGUGUGGGUCCCUGUGGUUCCGUGUGUGCGUGGUUCCGUGUGUGUCCCCUACCCCUGCCGUGCUACCCACUCCCUACUUAACCCCCUGUUCGGUUUCGAUUUAAAGCUUUCGUGACUGCAGGGAUUCAUCUUCUUGGUUCUAUCGGUAAAGUCACGUAGAA